GAAUCAACCAAUACCAACCACCAAGACCAAUCCCUAAUCACUAAGCAGCAGCAGCAGCAGCUGAAUUCAUUAUCACAGAAGAAGGAGAACAUUUCUUAUCAUUAAUGGCUACUACCUCUAUUUCUGCAACAACUGGUUUGACAAAAGGAGGUCUACCAAGUUCCUCUUUCAAUGGAAGCUGGGGGAAGUCUUCAGACUCCUGCAUCCCCCUUGCAACAUGGAUCCCAACUCCGGUUGGAGUCAGCAAGCCAACUAGGUGUCAGCCCCUAAUGAAAAAUGUCAACGAAGGUAAAGGCAUAUUCGCUCCGGCUGUUGUGGUGGCUCGAAACAUAAUUGGCAAGAAACAGUUCAAUCAGCUCAGAGGAAAAGCUAUCGCUUUGCACUCUCAGGUAAUAAAUGAGUUCUGCAAGUCAAUUGGAGCAGAUUCAAAGCAGAGACAAGGCCUAAUCCGUUUAGCCAAGAAAAACGGAGAGAAAUUGGGUUUCCUAGCUUGAAAAUAUUAUACUAGCUUGUUUUCUGCAAAACAAGAACAUGCUUUACUUACUUAGAUUAUAAUUCCUUUUGAUGUUGA